AAUGGCCCGAGGUUCCGCCACUACGAAGCUCGACCAACUUAGGUGCAUACGGACUUCCGGCUGCAGUUACGGGUCCGUGCUUUGUUUGUGUGCUGGCUGUUGGUGGUGGCGAGAUCGCUCGCUCGGGCUGUGCUUAUUUGUGGUGUAUCCCUGUGCGCUCUGUGGCGUGCUGUGUUGGACUCGCUCGCAGAGCCAGUGCGGGGGCCCGCAGGACCGCUUCGUGUCUCAGUUGCACCAAGCCGUCGGUUCGCGGGCCUGUCACGAAUAGGCACCGUUAGACCCCCAGGCGAGAGCUAUAAAGGAGAGCCCGAUAGCUGCGAGACGACCGUGAACUACGAGCAGCCUCCGUCCGCCAUGUGUGACUAACGCCAGCACCCCCAGCCAGUCUAGGUAGCUCGCUCUCUUCUCCACCUGGCGCCUUAGGGGUUGUACUUGGUGCCAACACGCAUUUGCGGAACCCCUUUGAUUUUCUCCCGUCCAGAGUCGAAGCGGGGAUUUGGAUGUAGGCCCGUUUAGGCCAGUGUUUUCGCUUUGAUCGGGUCGAGUACGGUGCAGCGGUCGUAAAUGCCGAGCACGUCGGUUUGUGCGCAGUUGGAUCCGCCCCGUCUCUGAAGGCGAAGCGGCGUGCGCGCUGGGGAAAUACCGUAUUAAACCGCUUGGAAUCGGCCAGCUGUUAGGUUAAAGCGACCCAUCUUUUUCUCUCUCACGCUUCGCAGGAAUCCGAAGCGGCCGCUGGGUAUGGCACUUGGAUCUCCGCAGGACAGCAGCAGCCCAGCGUGCAACGCGAGUGCCGUGACGUCACCGCCGACGGGCAGCCUCCACCAGCUGACUGCUGUUGUCCUCGACGUUGACUCGGGCUGCAGCGUACGGUCGUUGUGGCCUGUUGGGCGUCAGUGCUAGCGACGACGAACCUCGCUUCUUGCUCGUCCGGCUGGUGUUCCAGCUCGCUUGGGUCCGGGGUUGGGGUCUUGAACGUUUCUCCUGCGCCGUGUGCGCGUGUGUGCGCGCGCUGCGUCGUGGUUUCGCAUAGGGCACUGCGCUGCCCAGCGGACGGGCCCGUUUUCGAGAUCGCGUCGUCGUCCCGAAAGUUGCGUGUCUCUUGCUCGAGCGCGCCUGUGUGUGUGUGUGUGUGUGUGUGUGGUCUCGGCUUGCCGAACGUCGCCGUGCUCGUACUUGGAAGGGGCUGCCGAGACUGACGCAAAUCGGAGUUGAGGGAAGCGUGCAGGCAGCGUGAGAGUCGAGGUUGAGAGGAAAAAAAAAAAAAAAAAGUCCUCAACGAGCCAACGAGAAGCGGUCGAGGCGAGGAGGACGAUAGAGAAAGAGAGUUCUUGGGCAAAUUUCGACGUGCGCUUUCUCAACGAAGCGCUUUUUUUUUUGCUCGCUUAGCGUUUCCGCGCCCGUCGGGGGGAAGGGGGUCGCAGGACCCGGGGCGUGGGUCGGAGGCGUUGGCGAGCGAAAGCAACAAACGGAGCCAAAAAGGGAGAGCAAACAAACAAAAAGACGGGUGCCUCCUCGCACAGGCAAAAGCAACCAAACAACGAAAACACUUUCACCAAAACAAAGGGGCAAGCCCGUUCAGCGAGCAUCAAGGCUGGCAUCGUGCGCGAAGACGCAGGAGGACGGCGAAGGAUCGUCUCCGCCGCGCAAGAAGCAGCGGGUUGCGCCGGCAGUGAUGCAAGCGACGAACGGCUGCUACACUCUGCAAAAUGGAGACGAGACCAGCGCGUCCUCAACCGUGGCCGACAAGGCGGCCACCGUCGCCUCGGCCACCACCGUCAACAAGAGCAUCAUCGGCUCGCGCACCGAGCAGGACAUCAUCCGCCUCAUCGGCCAACACCUCCGAGGGCUCGGGCUCAACCGGACGGCAGAACAACUCAUCCAGGAGUCUGGCUGUGGCUUGGACCAUCCCGCUGCCGCCAAGUUCCAGACGCACGUCCUGGAGGGAGACUGGGCAAAGGCGGAGGCAGAUCUCAGUGAACUGAAGGCACUACUUGAAUCACCCCAAGCAUAUGUAGAGAUGCUGUUCCUGGUGCUGGAGCAGAAGUACCUGGAGUACCUGGAGGAAGGACGGUUGCUCGAGGCACUCCAGUGUCUCCGCCACGGACUCUCCCCACUCCGGCACAACACGGAGCGAGUCCAUGAGCUCUCCAGCUACAUGAUGUGUGGCAGCGCGGAAGAGCUUCGGUCCAUGUCCAACUGGGAAGGCAAGACCCACACGUCGCGGCAGAAGCUCAUGGAGAAACUCCAGAGUGUGUGCGCAGGUUUUCUGCCGGCGAACGUGAUGCUCCCUCCCCGGCGCCUGCGGGCGCUGUUGGGCCAGGCGGUGGAGUUGCAGCGGGACCGCUGCACGUACCACAACGAGCCCACGCAGCUUCGCGGCGACCCGUCCUUCAUCUUGGACGACAACUGCUGCCUCCUCACCGACCACGUCUGCUCCCGGGAGCAGUUUCCCUGCCGUACCAUUCAGAUUCUCAACGACCACUGUGAUGAGGUGUGGUACUGCCGAUUCUCCCAUUCCGGUGAACUACUCGCUACGGGAUCCAAGGACUCCACUGUGAAGAUCUGGGAGGUGAAUCCGACGACGCUGACCCUGUCCCUGAAGCGAACAUUGGAAGGUCACCCAUACGGUGCCUCCUAUGCCGCCUGGAGUCCCGACGACACAAUGCUGCUCGUUUGUGGGCCCGAGGAUGGUGCGGACGUAUGGCUCUGGAACGUUCAGUCGGGCGAUCUGCGAGUGAAGAUGACCAACCAACCUGAAGACAGCAUAACGUCAUGCGCGUGGCACCGCGACGGAAAGAAGUUUGUCUCGGGCGGUAUCCGUGGACAGUUUUACCAAUGUGACCUGGACGGCAAUGUCUUGGACUCGUGGGAAGGGGUUCGGGUACAGGGCCUGCACUGCCGCAAGGACGGGCGCACAGUGUUGGCCGCCGACUCCCACCACCGAAUCCGGGGAUACGUCUUUGAUGAUCUCACCGAUUUCAAUGUGGUCCAGGAAGAACAUCCCAUUAUAUCAUUUACGGUUGAUGACACGGGGCGACUUGCUUUGCUCAACCUUUCCUCACAGGGCGUACACAUGUGGGACCUGGACGACAAGGUGCUGGUGCGGAAAUUCCAGGGUGUCACGCAGGGUUACUACACCAUCCGGUCGUGCUUUGGCGGCGUCAACCAGACGUUCGUUGCCAGCGGGAGUGAAGACAACAAGGUGUACAUCUGGCACGUCAAGUGGGAGAAGCCAAUCGCCGUGCUGCAGGGUCACUCGCGGUCAGUGAACUGUGUCAGCUGGAACCCGGCUUGCCCAUCAAUGCUGGUCAGCGUCUCGGACGACUGCACUAUCCGCGUCUGGGGCCCCGCAGCUGCCGUACCCACCAACCUGCCCAACGCGUCACCCAGCUCCCAGUCGGGUGAGAUGGGCGAAGGGUCCCCCUACUCCAACGGCAGCAGCAAUGGUGUCUGUGACGGCGAUGGCAACUCGGUCGUCUAGCCCCACGCCACCUUUUCUUAUCUUCUAAGGGACUUUAAUCAAUACAUGUUUCAUAGCAUUGUGCGGAGAGGGCGAAAGAGAAAUGGAGUGUGAGAAAACGGCUGUCUGAAUCGCGCUGCCGCACAAGGUGUCGACGGUUACGCCCGUGCGCUUUGUCAGCCAGGCGCAAGUGUGCUGCGGAUUGCCGAAGACAUCCAGCCCGCGGAUCGCUGACAAGCUGAGGGAUGACGGCGCACACGCGCACUCCGUUUCGGGCUCGACUUGGCUCCAAAGCUGUCCAGGCAGUGGAAUGCGCACACGACGUCUGUCGCUUAAUAUGCACGCGGCUUUAGUUUUGAGGCUCGGCCCGGCUGCAGGCAUCUAGGCAUUCUAGCCUUUAAGACGUCUGGGAGGUUUUGCCGAGCUAGCAGACGACGUUGGGUGCGCUGUUGGAGGCCCAGUCGGCUGGUUGCAUAAUGUUGGCUAGCGAGUGCCGUGCGUGCGACUUCGAAGGCUCGGGGGGGGGGGUCUUUUUUUUUUUCCUCCUGCAAGGUUUUGCACGUGGAGAGAGCGACAUAGCUCUGUUUGAUGUGCUGUAAAACCGAUUUUUUAAAUUCCGUUGUCAAUUUGCGAUAGCGCAUGCCGUGUGCUUCGUAUUGGAAAUUGCUAUUCAUAUCUUUUGGUGCGCGCUCGUGUUGGGGGUGCGCUUUAAAUCAUUGCAUCGGUUGUUGAAACUGAUUUUCUUUUUCCAUUGGCUGGCAGUACAGUUUUCGCCGAUGUCAUUGUGCGUUAUCAAUGUGUGUAGACGGCUGUUGCGCCGUAAGCUAGACUCGUGUAUCUCGCGGAGGUGUAUUCGAUGUUGUGAUAUUGCGCUGAAAACCUGCACUGCCACUGCUUUUACAUGCUGUAACCUUGUGCUCUAUUGAGCGAUGGUUGAGCAUCAUUGACAGUUCUUCGAGAAAAACAACAAAACUAUGCCUAAAUCGCAGCAACUAGGUUUCAAAUGUUGGAAAUUGUAACAGUGCCCACCUGGGCAUCUUAUGUUGCAUUGGUACGUUUGGCUUUAAAGUUUGUUGUCGUUCCUGUUCAGACGGGCAUAUUAAUGUACGAGACUCGACGUUGCAAGGAAUGCACUGAAACAGUUGUUUGCAGACUAUAGCAUGUUCAGACGUGUAGCGGAUUGCAUGAAUGUACGAGUUUUGACCUUCAUCUUGGAGAAACUGGCAGUGAAUUGCACAUCGCGGUGAGCAAUGUAGUCGUUACGAUGGGGACGGACGCCCAAGGGAUUUGAGGCUGUUUUCGAGCGAAUAAAAUGUUUUGGAGACGGAACUGCAUGCAUUUUUUUUUCUCGCUUGGUUGCGUUAAUGAGAUUUGAAACGAGGCCGUUUUCUCCGAAGUGGGAAGCUCAGAGUCUGCGGUUUAUAUUUAAAGGGACCUGCGCGCCGCGUACAACAAUGUAAAUACCGACCGCACGAGUGUUUUGAGAGCAUGAAUGCCUCGAUCACCUGGAAAACAAACAGGGAAAAAAAAAACGACACUGUGACCCAAGAUGCAAAUCUUGACAUGGUGGGAUCCUUAAAAGAAAAAAAAUUUGUGUGCUUGACAUAGACUCGAAUACAGGAAAUGUAACAAAUUAGUAUUCCUUUUUUCUGUGUGCGUGCGUGUGUUAAGUGCGUAUGUUGUGAGCAUGCUAUAACAUUUCCAGCAUUAACACCUUUUUUUUUCCCUCCCGCUCGCAAUGUUGCCAACCCAGUAGAAGGCUCGUAUAUUCUCUAGAGAGUAGAUAUGGGGGGCAAAUAUAUAUAUUUUUUUUAAGUUCGAAAGUUUGUUUGGCAUUACAUUCUCACACGGUCAAGCAACUUUGAGUAAAAGCCUUUUGAAAGUUGGCACUUCCUUUUUUAUUAUUAUUUUGAGGAUUUUGCCGUGAACAUGUAGUGGUGGUCAUGUUGAUGAUGUUGGCCAGACUUUGCCCUUUGCCCCCUUUCAAUUGUUUGUUUGCUGUCUUGUGCUGUUUCUGCUAUUGCUUUUGUUGUUGGACGGUGUCCUGCUCGCCACCAUUAAUAGAAUACAGUCGAACUUCAGUAUAACGAAGACGGAUGUAACUAAGUUAAAUAUAUUAAGCAUGUCGCAAAUACAUGCUUAUAACAAAUAUCGGAUAUAACGAAGGUAUUUUCAUGCUGGAUGUGAAUUUGUUGUACUGAGGCUUGGCUGUUACACCAAUGCAUCACCUUGGCAAGCUUGGCUUGCACACUUUUGCAUGCACGAAAAGUGAUAAUUGGUUAACUGCACUUGGCAGUCAGAUAAAAAUUUUUGUCUAGAGAACGCACAGGUACAUCUGCAAUUGGUGUGUACGGUUUGCUCGCAGUAAUUCGAACUCUUCAGGAGUGCACCAACAAAUGAAAUAAAACUUGUGUUCAGUAUGAGGCUAAAAACUGGGCAGUUUUGUUGCUUAGCUUAUCUAAUCUAAUGUAUUCGUAGUACAGCUAACAAGCAGAGAACAAGAAGUGAACAGGAUACAGUUGUGAACAUAAACUGGUCAAAAUGUAUUGUUGGGAUACUACAGUGUAGACCGCUUAUAACGUAAGUCGCCAGAGUCGCGAAUAUCCGCACUAUAAGCGGUACCACACUAUAACCAAAACAACUAUUUUAUUGCGAUAAUGGACGCUCCAGGCACAUUUCUGCUGUCACUGUCACCGUGCUCUAGGUUCCGUAUUCGCUUACUAAAUAAAUUAAUAAGCACGGUGUCACGCGCGCACAAGCAAACAUGAACACAUCUCGCUCGUUGACCGCGGAAACGAACUGUCAAAACGCUCGAGUGGCGAAGCGCGGCAAGCGAAUUACCUUCGUGCUAUCAUGCCUCUCGCUUCAAAGCGACCUAUAAGCGGCGAAAACACGGCCCGCGGCGGACUUUCCCCGUUGCAGAUAGCUUUCAAGAUAGGGCCAAGGCAAUCGUAUCGCCGAAGUGGAUCGUCACAGAUUACGUCCUGCUUCGAUCCACUGAAACCGUUCCGCAUUGCUUUGCUGGCGAAAAAUACUCUCCUUCUGUUUGCGGCAGUCCCGAAUGCAAGUUUCGGAUUCUCCGAACGCCCGUGAUGCGGCCCGAUUUCCGUCUGUCUCCGCACACGUGAUCACUUUCCUUUUAAAUGCGGCAUCAUGAUAUACUCGGUACUUCUUGUUGAUAGAGCAGACGCAGAGAACAUGAAGACAGACGGUAGACUUGCCUAAGCACGUGUACUGCAGCACAUGGAGGAAGCUACGGUAGCUAAGCUUGAGAGUAGCUAGGCUCGACACGCGUGCAAGGCGGCCAUUUUGUAAUGCCGAGAGCUAUAUGGUAACUAACGCAGAUUUAGGGUCGUACUCGAUUCUAACGCGCACGAGAUUUUUAGACCUGAUUAACGGGAAAAAAGUGCGCGUUAGAUUCGAGUAAAUACGGUAUUUGUGGCUUGAGGGGAGCGUUUGCCAGUCUUAGGUGGACUGCCGAACUUCCAGGCAGCCGCACUGUAACCGGUAUUUCGUGUCCUGCAACUGCACUAUAAGCGAUACGCGUAUACAUAAAGUGCUAUGGGAAAAUGAACGGAAGUGUGAAAAGACCGUAUUAUAUCCGGUCCUUCACUAUAAGCGGUUACGUUAUAAGUGGUCUAUACUGUAGUUGGUUUGUCAUGGCUGCAAACGGUGCCAGGACACAGAAAGGACAAGUGAGGCCAAGAACAAGCAGGGAUUUCUCCGUCUUGCUUUUCCUCCCUUCGUGUACUCUGGCUUUGUUUGCAAACAUUAACUAGUUCACCGCACUGCGGCGUCAAAUGUCAAAAUGUCAAACCACUCGUGGCUUACGCUUGACGUGCGGCUGCUGGUAUUCAAACAAAAAUUUGGGUGAGCAAUAGAAGAGGCACUCAAACUUCUCAAGUUCCUUUUGUCUGCAGAAACUAUUUCAAUCGCAAUUUUUCUGGUUAUUUUGCAAUGACGCAUGCCGCUUCAAAAAACUAGCAAUAAUGCUGGACUCAGAAUCAUCAGAAGUUGGUAUACUCCUCUCAAGAAACUGUGAUUUAACGCAUGAAAAAGAGCGCGUGCGUGAAAACAAAAUUUUGCUUUAUUAUGUGGAGCCCUCAAAUUGUGCGCGUAGACCGGUGAAAACAGUCAAAAGAAGUUUAUUAUGCAGGAACUUCCGUAUGUUUACAAAUGUUUACACUUCUGUCAACACAAAAUUUUGAGACAGCUGCAUGUUUGAGUCAUACAGUAAUUAUCCAAUCUUUUGCUUUUAAAACUGCUCUAGAAGCCUUUUGUUCCGAUGCUGUUUGACUGGAAAAGAGAAGUUUCAAUAAAAAAGUGCAACUUGUA